AUGAUGAACGACCGCCCUCCCCCGCCGGACGAACCGGACCCGAUCGUCCCCCGCGACCUCAAAGCAAAACGCUCCGUGCCGUCACCCCGCAAAGCAGCCACCAUCCGGAGCGCAAAAGGGUCCAUAUUUGGCAAAGCAUCGAUACCCAGCGUCUACUGGGCCGGCGACGACCCGACGCCCAUGAACAAUGAAGAGUUCACGUUCUACCGCGAGGACACGCCGCCGCUGCCGGAUGGCACCGGCGGUGACAAAGCUGCUCGGACGCGGGGGUAUCGGCAGAGCGUGUUCGAUCACGACGAGGAGGAUAGCGACCGCAAGAGGAAGCGCAAGUGCUGCGGUAUGACAAUGUGGGUGUUUUGGUUGCUCGUCGCUCUGAUUGUUGCGGUUGUUCUCGGAGUUGGUAUCGGUGUUGGUGUUGGCAUUGGCGCGAAUCAGAAGUCGGACCAGAGCGCCGCGGCGACGAGGCGCGAGUUCGACGUCGUCAACCAUGAUUGUGCCCACAAUGUCCAGCUCCUCCAUGCCACGGAGCAGCAGCGAUGCAACCGCAACCGAGACGGCAUCAACAACGAUACCAACCUCGACGCGGACAACACGGUCUACAACGUCAUCGGCUCCGACAAGCGCUUCCUCCGGGUCUGCGGGGUCGACUACAGCGGCGACGACGGCGCCAUCGACAUGUCCAACACGCAGGCGAGUACCAUGGGCGACUGCAUGGAGAUUUGCGCAAAGUCGGCCCAGUGCACCGGCGUAUCGUGGGGCAACGUCAUGAUCAACGGCGCCGCGGAGCUGCGGUGCUGGCUAAAGCGGGACUUGAAAAAGUCGCAUGCGGCGGUAGAGAAUUGGAACUUUGCCGUCUUGUUAUGA